AUGGCGCUGUGCGGGGCUCUCCACAGCUUCCUCUUCGAGUACGACACCCCGCGCAUCGUGCUGAUCCGGAGCCGCAAAGUGGGGCUCAUCAACCGAGCGGUGCAGCUCGGCAUCCUCGCCUAUGUGAUCGGGUGGGUUUUUCUGUGGGAGAAGGGCUACCAGGAAACAGACAGUGUGGUCAGUUCUGUAACUACCAAGGUGAAGGGAGUAACACUGACAAACACAUCUCUCCUGGGAGCCAGGAUCUGGGAUGUAGCUGACUAUGUCAUCCCUCCUCAGGGUGAGAACACCGUGUUUGUCAUGACCAAUGCGAUACUCACACUGAACCAGAGCCAAGGCCGCUGCCCGGAGCUCCCAGAUGAUCAAACAAAGUGCGAGGUGAAUAACAGCUGUGUUCCAGGAUAUGUCAGCACCCACAGCAGUGGCAUCCAGACUGGGGAGUGUGUUCAAUACAACAAUAGCAUUAAGACGUGUGAAGUCUUUGCGUGGUGCCCUGUGGAGGAUGACUACCACAUACCCAAGCCAGCGUUCCUGCGAGAAGCUGAGAACUUCACCCUUCUGGUGAAGAACAACAUUUGGUACCGCAAGUUCAACUUCAGCAAGCGAAACAUCCUCCCCACUAUCAACUCUACCUACCUCAAGAACUGCAUCUAUGAUGCCCAGACAGAUCCUUUCUGCCCUAUCUUCCGUUUAGGGAAAAUAGUUGAAGCUGCAGGGCAGGACUUCCAGGAAAUGGCUGUGGAGGGUGGAGUCAUGGCACUGCAGAUCAACUGGGACUGCAAUCUGGACAGAGCAGCUUCCCACUGUGUGCCAAAAUAUUCCUUCCGGCGCCUCGACAACAAGGACUCUGCCCACACUGUCUCACCUGGCUACAACUUCAGGUUUGCAAAAUACUACAAGAAUAGUGACGGCACUGAUUCACGGACACUUGUCAAAGCUUAUGGCAUCCGCUUUGAUAUCAUAGUGUUUGGAAAGGCAGGAAAAUUUGAUGUAAUUCCUACCAUGAUUAACAUCGGCUCUGGCUUAGCACUGUUUGGUGUGGCAACAGUGCUGUGUGACAUUUUUGUUCUGUAUUGCAUGAAGAAGAAAUACUACUAUCGGGAGAAGAAAUACAAAUAUGUGGAGGAUUAUGAACUGGUAAGCAUCAGCAGAGGCAGGGUAAAGGCAAACUUGCUUCCUCCUCUGACUCCACAGAGAUUCUGA